UUUUAAUUUUGUUAUCAAUAAAAAAAAUGCUUAAAUUUGCGAACCUUAAUUAAAAUUGUUUACCUGGAAUGCAACCGAAGGAAAAUAAUUUACCACCGCGACUACGUAAGGAGAAAAGGAUCAAUCGCGAUGCAAAUCGGGGCCAAUGGUCUUCCAAAACUGAAUUUAUACUUACGCUCAUUGGCUAUGCCAUUGGCAUUGGCAAUGUCUGGCGUUUUCCCUACCUCUGUUACCGCAGCGGCGGCGGUGCAUUCUUGGUACCGUACAUGCUGAUGGUUAUUCUAUGCGGCAUUCCGUUGUUCUAUAUGGAGGUGAUGAUUGGCCAAUUCUCGGGCACUGGCUGCACGGGAAUGUUUCGAUUGGUGCCCUUACUGAAGGGCACCGGCAUUUGCAUGGUUAUUGUAAAUCUGUAUUGUGUAUGCUACUAUUCGGUUAUCAUAUCAUAUCCGGUGCGCAUGUUGUAUUAUUGUUUCUGGAAGACUGUGCCAUGGAUCGACUGCCAUCAUCCAUGGAACUCACCCAAUUGCACCACCGUUGACAAUUUGCAACAUGUUGAAGGUCGCGCCGCCACAUCGGCAGAUGAGUUCUUUCACCUGGAAGUCUUGCGAAUUUCGGAUAACAUUGCCCAUCUCGGUGGCAUGGUUUGGGAACAGUUUCUCAGCUUAUUUAUCACCUGGGUGCUCAUUUUUCUGUGUGUGUUGAAGGGCAUUAAAUCGGUGGGCAAAGUUUCCUACUUUACGGCCCCGUUUCCCUACUUAUUGCUAACCAUACUAUUUGUUCGCGGAGUAACAUUGCCCGGCGCCUCAAAUGGCAUCAAAUUUUUCCUGUAUCCAGAAUGGAAUCGUCUGCUUGACCUGAAAGUCUGGGCCGAUGCGGCCAUACAGAUGUUUUUCGGCCUCGGCCCCGGCUGGGGCGGCCUUGUCAACAUGGCCAGCUUCAAUAAUUUUCGCAACAAAGCCAAAUUCGAUUCCUUUUUAGUUGUUUCGGUCAACGUGUUUACAAGCAUCUAUGCCGGCAUUGUAGUCUUCUCCGUUUUGGGCUUUCUAUCGAACCGAUCGGGCAUACCCGUGGCCAUAGUUGCCACCUCGGGCGCUGGACUGGCGUUUGUUACCUAUCCAGAGGCGAUUGCCAUGUUGCCCGUGCCACAGCUCUGGGCCAUCAUGUUCUUUAUCAUGCUGUUCCUCUUGGGUAUUAAUAGUGUGUUUGUUCAACUGGAGUCCAUUACCUCAUCAAUGUUGGAUGAGAUUGAUGCGCUGCGUAACUAUAAAAUGUGGGUUAGCUUAAUGUUAUGCAUAUUAUUCUUCUCCCUGUCGUCCAUAAUGUGCACCAAUGCUGGUAUGUAUAUAUUGCAAUUGUUCGACUGGUACUCGUCGGCCAUAUCAAUAAUUGUCAUUUGCCUGGUGGAGGUCAUUAUGGUGGCGUAUAUCUAUGGCAUUGACAAUUUCAUGUCAGAUAUUGAGUUCAUGUUGGGUCAGCGGCCCAGCCUCUUUUGGAAGAUAUCCUGGAAGUAUAUAUGUCCAAUCGUACUGAUCUUUAUCCUGCUAACAAGCAUCAUAUUUACGCGGCAAAUUACAUACAAUGGGAUUGAAUAUCCUUAUUGGGCCGUUAUGCUGGGUUGGUUAAGUUUUCUGUCCUCGGUUAUGUGGAUACCGCUCUAUGUGUUCUACAUUAUGAUCCGAAAACGCGAAACCUUGCGCGAUAGUUUGAAAAAGCGCUUAAGGCCCUUUGAUUGGACACCAGCCGAUCCAGAAGAUCGUGCCGAAUACGAAGCCUUCAGAAGACAACGGCGACUUCCGGCAUUUAUGUCCGAAACGGAUGUCGAGCCGGAUCCGGUGGUUAAAAAAUAAUCAUAAUAAUUCCUAAG